UCUGCUUGUGUACGGUGUGUUUCUGGCAAGACAACAAGUUCUUCCACUUUACUGUUUCUCGAGGUGGUUUAAAGAAACAAAGAGAUAAAUACGAGAAAGAAGAAUCGGCGGGUUUUCAAUUCGCAAUGCGUCCAUCCGGCACGUGAGAUCUGAAUCGUCGUGAUAUUGGAAUUCUGUACGUGUCUCGUCCAAUUAAAGCGAUCCGCCGAUGUGGUGCGUGAAGUGAUUGGUUAACCAUGUGCGAUUGUGCUCGUAAGAUCAGAAACGGGUAUGACGAAUAGUCCGUUUUCGGUCUGUUGACGUGUUGGCAUCACCAUCAUCAUCGUCAUCGUCAUCGGUAUGGCCCUGAUGUGUACCGUCUGUUGAUAAGUGAUCCAUCUCGUCGCCAGGGGCGUAGCUGCUAAAUGCCGUGCAGUCGAUCCGUAGUGUUGUUUCGGUGAAAAACAGUGAAGAAAGGCGGCGAAAAUGAAGAGAUGCAAAGUGGCCCACAGGCGGACCUGCAUUCCGGGUGGUCCGGGGAUGCUGCAGCUGUUUGUUUUACUCGGUGUUCUUCAUCUCGCUUGCCGUGUGUCAGCACAGCUCAUCAUAAAUGUACAAAAUCAGGGAGGAGAAAUCGUGCAGGAGACAAUAACAUCCAGCGUCGGUGAUGACACGUGUACGCUGGAGUUCCAGAGGAGCGAUGGUACGCUCGUCACGAAACUGAUCGACUUCAAAAGUGAAGUGCAAGUGCUAAAAGCGCUCGUGCUCGGCGAGGAGGAACGGGGCCAGAGCCAGUACCAGGUGAUGUGCUUCGUGACGAAAUUCCAGAAAGGCGAUUUCAUCACGGCCGACGCGAUGGCGAAAUUACGACAGAAAAAUCCCAGCACCAUCCGAACGCCGGAGGAAGAUCGAGGGAAGGAAAACUACACGAUGACCGGCUGGGUGCAGCUGGACCGUGCCGCACCGAUAUCCCGGCACGUGGCACCCCUCUGUGCGGAGGCACAGGAAUCGACGUACGUGCGGGACACCGAUCUGAAGGCCUGGGCCGAACUUCCAGGCUCAUCGAUCUCGAUCCUGGGCUCGGUGGUGAAACCAUUCCCGACGGCGAACACGAUCACGGAACCGUCGCGCUGCAGCGAAGUCAGCGCUAUUUGGGCGCCGUGUCUGUGCACGCUCGAGAUGUGCAUCGGUUGGUACCCGUGCGGUCUGAAGUACUGCAAGGGGAAACCGGACAGUGGCGGGCUGCAGAAUGGUGCCGCCGGUUCCACCAGCUACCGGUGCGGCAUCAAGACGUGUCGCAAGUGCCACCAGUACUCGUACUACGUCCGCGAGAAGCAGCAGUGUCUGUGGGAUGAAUGACCGAAAAUGGGCCAACGGUGCCCUCCACAGCAGCCACCACUAGCCUUAACCCUCACCAACCUGCACGAUGCCGCCGACGACUGCAACGAGCCUGACGACAACCGUGAACGCCGGACGGAACCACCACCGGAAGCUACUGCCAUACCAUCGCGCCAACAGCUGCCAACGGUAUCCCCCGGGAUGCCAUCGAUAGUGACCACCACCACCACCGCUCCUCCUCCUCCUGCUCCUGCCACCAGCAUCGCAUUCGAUUACGAUAAUCGUUACCAAUUCCAGGACCGGCACUGGCAUCAUUCGAUGCAACAGUCGCCAACCAGUGGCAGUUGGCUCUGGCGAGGAUUAAGCUUGUUAAUCUGCGCGUUGCUACCGGCAACCCCGUGGACCAGAAACCGUUGCAUGCUUUCGCAGCGCAGUGGCACUACAACCGAGACCCGUACCGGCACCAGCACCGGUCACCCGGCUCCUGCUGCAGGUGGUUGUGUUCGAUGGAGCAUAAAACACAAAUCACUACCGCUACCUGCACCGCCACCAUCACCGGCACCAGGAAGGGAGGAUUUUGGAGUACGACAACAGCAACACCAACGGCACCGUAGGCGAUCGUGGUGGUCCCGGUACCGAGCACUGCACCGGAUGGUGUCCGAAGCAAUCAAAGAAUUUAAUUUUACUUCACCAACCACCACCACCACCAGCAGCAGCAGCAGCAGCAUGACGAUGACGACGACGACGACCAUGGGCAGACCAUCGCUAGACAGUUACCGGGUGGUGGAACCGUCGCUCGUGAGGCAUUUGCAGUUUAAUGAAAUUAUUUUAUAGCACAAAUAGGUUUUAAUGAGUUUGAGCUCGCCACACCAUCACGCUGUUGCAUCCAGUGUUGGUCGCGUGUUUUGAAUGGUCCUGGUUACUCUGAACUGACCGUUGUCCGUGCCAUUUGGUUCGAUCAUUCGAUGGAAGGUGAAACUGACUGCCAUGGAGUGGAUUUUAUGUUUCUGGUUGUUACAAUUACCUGGCCGCAGUGUUUUAACAGCCCGUUUCUGGUACUGGAGCGGCUAUUCUGUGCGCGUUUCCCCUCGAGGAAGGAUCGAUGAAUCACGAAUUGUGUUUGGCGAAGGAGCGACUGGACCAUAGCUGGAGGCAACUGAAAGGCGGGAACGUUGGUUACCACCUCUUUCAUGUUUUCGCAAGAUGGAUGGCACCGGACCAGCACCGAUGGACCAAACCGAUGAAUGACACAAACACACUGCCAGCAAGAAAAAAGAUUCUCUUACCAACGGAAUGGAAUGCUGGGUGCGCUUAGACCGACAUAAACAAUCCCAUAAAGCACUGGAUUCCAGCUCGCGCAUUGCCCCCUUGGUGUGAUGCGCUUCUCCGUAGGGUUCCCGACCACCAAUCCACCAUCCUGGUGUCCUGCUGGGUGCUCUGGUUGAUUACAUUUCUUUGACGCGGAACCAGGGACCCGGGGAUUUUGUGUAUGUUGCUACUUCCGGCAAACGGGCCUUGGUUCGUAAAAUGUUUCACGAUUAUUCCCUUCCUUUGCUUUCCCGUUUUUUCUUCGCUUUUUUUCGCUUUUUCACGCCCUCUCUCUCUCAUUCUAUGUAGGGUGUGCCAUUAGCUACACCACUGGCACCACGGUGCGCUGGUUGGGCGGAAGGAAAUGAGGCAAAAUGGUUUUACGUUUUAUCUGCUUUCUCUAAUCUCGUGUGCACCAGGCUGUGUGCGCGCGCGCGCACGCUUACAAUUUACUUUUCUUAAUUGUUUCGUCCCGCAUGCCACACUGUCGCUAUAUCGCUGUGGUGUGUCCGUGCGAUGGAGGCGCCCGGUACGGUUCGAGGUCGAGCCUGAUUUAAUGAAACGUUGGAAGGGAAAUUUCUGAGGUGAAGAAAGCUCAUCACAACGGCGCCAGCAUUACGGGAGGGGUUUCUUUCGUUUCGUUUCGUUUCCUUUUUUGUUUUGUUUUAAAGAAAAGCCAUUAACCUGCCAAACACUUGCCCUGCUUACUGUGAUCGCAACCGCCGCCGUCGCCGCCGCUGUGUAACGGUGUCUUUGUGUUCAGAGGUCAGCGGAUUAUCUCUCUCUUUGUUCACAACUCGAGUGGUGGAAAAAGGAAAAUGUCUAAAUGUGAUGGAACCAUUUUUGUCCAACUUUUCCACUUUUUCUGACUGCCACUCAAAUUACUGUAGAGACGUUCCUUGGUUGUCCUGUUAUUAUGUUUUUUGCGCUAUCCGAUGCGGUGGUCACAUCGGAUGGACACAGAACACCGAAAGCAAUUACUCUUCAAUUUGAAUUUCAUAAAAAUGUUGAUUUGCUUUACCUCUCUGUAGUGCUGUGUGCAGUGCGCUUGGUUGCGGCUGGUUUUACUAUUCAUAUCGCCGUAGAGCAGGGCGAGAGGAUAAAGAUAGCGGAUACUACUUUGCCAGUGCUCAUAAAUUUACUUUGCUAUCCCUCCCAGGACCCUCUCCGAGUGCUCCGUGGCGGGUUUCCUUUCCUUUUUAAUGUCACUUCCAAGUCGAGAGUGCUGUUGCGGUGCUGGACACAUUCUUUAUCCUUUUAGAGCCAGUGCGCUCUAAAGAAUGGGUGAUCAACAACGGUGGACAACGAAUGACGAAAGUCAUAAAACUUUAUGGCGCAACUAAGGGCGCUAGCACCGGAAGACGCAUUCUACAUAGCACUGGGGAAAGAGAGAGAGAGAGAGAGAGAGAGAGUUGAAGAGUUGUGGUUUUGUGUUGUGUUUUAUCGCAAACGAACGUCGAGCUCGAGAUUGUCGCAAAGACGACUCCUGCAUCUAGGUCAAUAUUUCCGGAUGCAAAUCGAGCAAAAAGCUCCCGGAGACAUUACUUAAAAGUCGCAAACCACAUUUGCCGAGAGUUGUGUUUGUGUUUCCAAUUUGUGCGUCUUCGGUAUGUUAAUAGAGAGCCUCCCGCCGCUCGCAGCCCAUAGAAUGCUAUCAAUGGGCGAUGGUAACAUGCAAUGUUUGGAUUGUGAGCUGGAGUGAGCUACAACAAACCGUAUGCCGUCUGCGUGGUGAGCUACCGGCGUUCGCAGGGGAAGCAAAAAUAAAAAUAGCGAGCCUGGGAAAACCCGGAACAUUCCACAUCCAACCAGCUGUCCUUUCAAUCGCAAUCGAUCGACCUCAUUGAGGGGCUGGCGAAGUGCAAUGAGAGCCUGGGCCACCUGCGCUGCCGCUGCCAGACACUUGACAUCAUGCCAUCCAUCCACGUGUGGGUCCACAGCUGUGCGGCCAAACCAGCCGCAUUUGAAUGAAGAUGAAGAGAGAGAGAGAGAGAGAGAGAGAGAGAGAGAGAGAGACAAACAUUGACAACAUCAACAACGAGCACAGCUCGACGACUAGCAACUAGCAGCAGCAACAUCACUAGAGCAAAGCCAACAAAGAUGUGAUGAAGCGAAAACGAAUAGCUCCUGGUUGGUUGGUGACUGGUCCUCGUCCGGAUGGCCACACCACACCACAGAUCCAACAUACACUCACCAACAGGACCCUCCGGUAGAGGGAGAUCUUUGUUUGAAUACAUAAUUUGUUUAUGCAGCAGGCAGGACGCGCCGGCAGGAUGCGCCGGCAGGAGAACAUUCCCUCGGCUACUCCUGAUGCGCCAGAUGAUGACGACAGCACGCGGCACGCUUGGGGCACCACUUGGGCGAAGCAUUUCCACCUUUCGCUCUCUGUCUCGCGCGCGCGUAUUUGUGUGUCACCGUUUGGUUUUGCAGUAAAGUUGUUUCCUCUUCCUUCGAGUGCCCAGGGGGGGCAGAGUAGUGGCUUCCGAUGCUGGAACUUUAGCGACGACGUAGCACCAUCCUCGGUCGGUACUCGGUUGUUUGUCCGGGCCAACCGAACCGCUUCUUGGCUACUUGUGACUUGGAGCUUGGCUGCUUGGGUCCAACAGUGGCAAACGCAGCCGCGGCUACCUUCUUAUUUGAGAGGACGCCACCACGCCGGUUGGUGUCCUAGGUGGCUUCGCAUGCUUUGCGUUCCGUCAUCCGUCUCCUUCCUGGUUCCGUGGCAGUUUAUUUAGCGAAGCGAUUCCGUUGGGCUGACGUCGGACAGCGAAGCAAGUAAUUUUCGCUUCUGUAAAUACAUGCUCAUUGCUGCUGAUGCUGCUGCUGCAGAUGAUGAUGAUGAUGAUGAUGAUGGUGGCCAACAGUCGCCAAACGAAUGUUUAUUUCGGGUAUUUUUUUUUUUGCUUUUAGUUUUUACUUUAUGGCCCAGCUUCCUGCGUCGGGAACCGGUGUGUCCACAGCAGUGUAUUGUAAGAAGAGAGUGACAGACACACCCAAAACUCUAUUUCUCCAGCGCGCUCUGUACAGUGAAAGCGUGAAAGUGAAAUGCUAUUCAUAAAACAAUAAAUAACCCGUAGUCCGGUGGCGAACAAACAAUAGACCUUUGGCGGCGUGGAAAGUGGUAGAAAGGAAGACGAGGAACGGUGUUCCGGUUCCGGUCGCCGGAGAGCAAGCGCAAAACAAACAUUUUAGAGUAAACGGAACGGUGCGGUUCAUGAUGAAUAGGGAAAUGUUGAUUGUAAAAAACCGACGAAAAGAUGAAGAGUGAGAAGUGAGUUUAGUUUCUAAGCAAAAACACAUGUACCCAGUAUGAAUGGCUUUUGCAUCAUUUGCUUUGCACAACGUGGCGUGCAUCAGUGACGAACGCUUUACGUUCGAUUCUAUAUUCCAAUCUUUCCUCCCGCUUCAAGUAUUCAGCUCGACGACAAUCUCGCCGAGAACGUAUUGGGGUUAUUGCUUUACACAUUUCCCACAAUUAGCAAUCAUCGGAGAUCAUACUAUGGACAACCUAUUUUCGACUGUGCGACGACUAUUUACAACUAUUUUUUCCCACUUCCUUUUAUGCGUCUGCAACAAAAGUCUGCAUUGUCGUCAACGUUGGCCCCAGCUAGUAUGCGCCUUGCGUAAGAUAACUGAAUCGGUAUUUAGCCACCACGACCGCGACGAUCUGUUGGUUCAAUGACCGCAAACCUGCAAAUUGGCGCCCCGAGAGAUAAUUAGAAAGUAAACGAACGAACGAAUGAACGAACGAAAAAAAACGAAAAAGAACGUCAACAUAAUACGUGGCCUUAGCUUUCCUCUGACUACUUCCCUUUUCUUGAGCGUAAGAGUAAGCGUCCCAGCUCCAAUUCGGGCGCCAGGGAACAUGCAAAUAAGCGACAAACUUCCUGCUGACGCAAAACGAGACGUAACGCGGAUUAGUAGAACUAUUUAAGCAAGCAGCAAGUGUAACCGAGCGAAAGGCGAAGCGCUGAAACCGUAGUGUGAUAGAAGUCAUCUAAAGGAAACAAACAAAAAGAAAACAAAAUCGAAACUCUAGCAGAAGGUCAAUAAAAACCAUUAGUAAACCUGGUACGCUGUACAUCGAAUAAGAACGAAGGAGGCGAGCAAACAGUGAAGCGUAUAGUGCCUCCCAAAGGGUUGUGGCAAGGAACGCGGAGCAAACGAAAAGUAAUUAAAGCUUUCGUGGCAUUCUGUUUCAUUUGGCCAGGAGAGGCGCAACAAUGGACACAUGGCUGGCCACGGUCACAUGUGAUUGAACGUCCAGUCCGGACCGUCAAUGUUUGUCUUAUGCUCGAAGUUAAAGUAAGUAAUUUUUCAUGUUUAGCUAUGGAGCGGCUCACGGGUUGAAGUGAAAGUUUUCACCAUCCGCUCACUCGACACGCCUGGCGUAAGUCAAUCGUCAAUCGACGCGGACGACGAAGACGAGGUACGCGGACCUCGGUAGUCGACGCCCAUUAGCCGAUCCAGGCCAAACCGUUUGCUUCGCUUGGUGAAGGCAAGUUUUCCGCAAAACUGUAAUUACGUUGACGCCGGUUGCCAGCCAGCGAGCAUGCUGGAACGGGAACUUUGUUCGAAACUCCACCGUUCCGUGACUCCGUUUAGGACGCCGCGAUACCGUGCGAUGGAUGAAGUUUGAUCCUUCCGUUUGCACGAGUUCUUGCUCUUGCGAAUGCACGCACACAGAUUUCAUAAUUUAUGUCCCGCGUGAAAUGGGGCUUCCAGUGGCCAUAAUUAAAUCAAUCAGAGAAAGAGGCGCUAUGCUUUCGCGUUUGCUCUUCCUUCCCUGGGUUCCUCACCAUCUUUAGCUUUUGCCCAAACCAAAUAGAUACUGUGCGCAAAACAUGUAAUCAAACCAGCCGGUUCGAAAGCAAUCGAGCAAAACGCAAUCGAAAUACCACAAAGAAAAUAAGAAAAAAAAAGUGCGUAUGGAUCGCAAACCGCAACCGGCAAAAGCACGACAGCAGUAACAUAUAAAAAGAGGAGUGAAAAAAGGGGAGAGAAAAGAAUACAAUUGUACAGUAUUUAGGAUAUAUAUUUUAUACGAAAACUAUAGAACCACACUGCUGCUGAAUCUAGCUUUUCCACCGAGCCGUGGUGUGUAAAGUGGAGUGAAGUGAGGUGAGCUGCGCAUAAAACCCAUGGAUGUAACAUAAACUGGCGAUUAAAAACGGCGAAAUAUAACUCACUAAUGAAACAGA